AUGGUUAUCGACAAUAGACGUUUGAACGAAAUCACAAUAGAUGACAAGUAUCCUUUGCCUAACAUAUCGGAACUUUUUGAUAAAUUAGGUAAAUCACAGUACUUUACCACAAUUGAUUUAGCAAGUGGUUACCAUCAAAUUGAAGUCCAAAAGGAAGAUCAGCACAAAACAGCGUUUACUACACAAUCAGGUCACUAUGAAUUCAAAAGAAUGCCGUUUGGCUUAAAAACAGCACCGGCAACGUUCCAAAGAGCAAUGGAUAACGUUUUACGCGGCCUACAAGGAUUACACAUAGGGUUGCCAACCAUACUAUAUAAUAACAUUAAGCAACAUCAAAAUACUCAGAAGCAUAAGAUAAAAACUGAAAUGAAGAAAACAUCUGGUGCAUUACAAAAUUUCCUUACAUCAGAUACUAAAUCAAGAUGUCAAGGAUCUAGUGAUGAUGAGAAUAUUAUAGCAGCGGAAUUAGCAUUGACUUUUCACACUGUGAAGCAUAAUUUAUCUUAUAAUAGCAUGGAUUGUCUAAGUAAAUUAAACAAAAUUGUAUUUGUAGAUUCUAAAAUAGCUAGUAAAAUACGCUUGGGAAGAACUAAAAUGGAAGCUUUAGUGAUAGAAGUGUUAGGUCCAUAUUCUGUGGAAAGUGUAAUAAAUGAUUUACAUGAUGAUGUAUUUUUCUGUCUUCAGACUGAUGCAUCAAAUAAAAAAAAUAUUAAGUUAUUUCCUCUUGUAGUGCAAUAUUUUUCAAUAAAUGAAGGGAUCCAAAAUAAACUGAUCGAUUUUUACGAAAAUUCUAAUGAAUCUGCUGAUGGCAUGUUAGAAGCUAUAAAGAAGUCUAUGGAUUCCCACAACCUGUCAUUCAAUCAAGUAUCAGGUCUCAGUGCAGACAAUUGCAAUGCUAAUUUUGGCAUUCAUCACUCAUUGUACACAAAUAUUAAAAAAGAAGUACCAAACCUUAUAAAAGGCAACUGUCAUGCACACAUUAUCCAUAAUACAGUGAAACAUGCUAUGGGCUACUUGAUUUGUGACAUAGAAAAUAUUGUUUUGAAAAUAUACAGUCAUUUUUCGGUAUCUGCUUGUAGACGAGAUGAUUUAAAAAAAUUUGUUACUAUGGUUGAUGGUGAAUUUCACGAAAUCAAACGUCAUAUUGGUACACGGUGGUUAUCACUACUUCCAGCCGUUGACACCCUUUUUACUUAA